AUGAUUGUCCGUUCUACACCACGAGAGCCCUCAAGGCGCAGCCAGGGACUUGCUCAAAACCGCGCCAAGAUACGCCUUAGCAAAGAGGCGCGCGCCGAAAUUACGCAACGACAGCGUGAAGCUCACAGUCGCUUCAAGCAAGCUCUUGAUGAUGCAUGGCAAGCUGUGGAUGACACUGCAGUCAAGAUCGCUGCGGACCACAAAAAGAGUAUCUGUCGAGUGCAGAACGAUUUGCAUAUGGGACAAUCACUCCUGCGAUCUAAGCACUCAAAGGUGAGCGCCUGGAACACCUUCAUUUGGAAGAAGCGCCAAGAUGGCGACAAAGAGAACGGUGCAAGCGGCAAAGAUGUGCUUGAAGGCAUCGUGAAGGACUACAAAGAUGAGUACUAUAGCCUCACCGAUGAGGAGAAGUCAAGUCUCGUCGCAGAGUACGAGGAACACAAGGUUACGAAGACCACUGGUCAUCACAUCUCCACGAAGUCCAAGAUAAAUGAUGUCACCUGGUCUCUGAAAGCUGUCGAGAAUGAGCUCGAUAACUUGCGCUCUCGUACUGGAGUGGAGACCAUCUUGUACAUGACCCGGGGGACAACAGAUCUUCCCCUGCGUGGUGUUACGUUUGCGACUGAGGGCGUGCACGAUUUCAUGGAGUCUGUUAUAGGCAUAGAUAAUCAAGACUUCGUCAGCAAGAUGGAAGGAUUUGCUAUACAGGGCAUGAAAGGCGCAGCGGAGAACCACCAGCAGCGCGUGGCUAAAAUCCGUGGCCAAAUCCGCUCAGAAAUCAAUGUAGCUCUGCAGAAAGUUACCGGAAACCCCAAAGCCACAAUGCAAUGGACACACUUUUUCCGCAACAUUGUGAAGCGUUACUCGGUUGUCGUCGAGGGCUGGCCAGAGCAAAUCCCAUUCGUCAACCUCAGCACUGCCUCAAGCUCCCUCACUGACCUCGAGAUGCUUCUGCGGAAGUGGCGCUUGGGGCUCAUUAGCUGGAAGCGCAUCACACCAGAACAGCUCGAGGACAUGGAGAAAGAUAGGGACGAGGACCUUGAAAACGGCACUAUUGUGGAGAAGCGCCGGCGUGUUCGCUCUGACAAGGGCAAGAAGAGAUGCCGUGAUUCUGACGACAACGCUCAGCGUCGUAAGAAGAUGCACAAGAGUGCCGAAACCGUUCCGAGUGAUAGCGAGGAAGAUGCCACCGAUGCCCCGCCGUCUAUCCCCAUCGACAACAACAGCAAUCUGCAUUCAACUUCGCUCGUCCCCAAUGCCCCACUGUCUAUCCCUAUCGACAACAGCCUGUGUUCGACUUCGCUCGUCCCCAAUGCCCCACCGUCUAUCCCCAUUGACAACGGCCUGCAUUUGACUUCGACUUCGCUCGUCCCCAAUGCCCCACUGUCUAUCCCCAUUGACAACAGCCUGCAUUCGACUUCGACUUCGCUCAUCCCCAAUGCCCCACCGUCUAUCCCUAUCGACAACAAUGUUCCGCCCAUGCCUCCUACCCCACUCCUCACUCCCAACACCGAAUCUGUGUCCCCAUUUUUGCUCCCUGAUCACGAUGUGGAUAUUAGCAUGCUAGAAUUCCCUGAAGGUUUUGUCGAGUUCUUAGCACAAUUUGACGUGUCCGUUCCAAUUCCUUAA